CGUUAAUCCGGGUGUUAUUUCUUCACAACAGGGAAUAAAUUCAACAAACACCGCCUUUACCAAAACAUCCGAUUCUUACGUUUCUGGUUUCAGUCGUAAAAUGAAGACAGACGAGAAGCGAUGUUCCUGUAAAGGGAUCCGAUCUUGUUUAUUAUGCGAAAAUUCUUCCAAGAAUACAACAGUCGCACACGAGAAGCUCCAGAUCACAACAUAUCUGUAUUGUAACAAAUGUCAGAAAGCUUGGGUAGAGCAGGAGCCACAGAACCAACACCCGGAUCAUGAAGGAACAUCAAUGGAGUAUCCAGGAAUCUUCUUGAAAGAAGAGUUUGUCAGUGCUGAAGAGGAGGAAUUCCUGACCAAACAGAUCGACAUGUCUCCGUUCGUAGAUUCCCAAUCAGGACGGAGGAAGCAGGAUUAUGGUCCAAAAGUGAAUUUCAAAAAGCAGAAGGUGAAGUGUUCAACAUUCACGGGUCUUCCAGGCUUCAGCAAGUUUCUCGUCGACCGUUUCACUUCCACACCAGAGUUGUCCGGUUUCGUUCCCGUUGAGCUUUGCAAUCUUGAGUACGAGCCGUCGAGGGGCGCUGCCAUCGAUGCCCACUUCGACGAUUUCUGGAUCUGGGGUGAACGACUGGUGACCGUCAACCUCCUCAGCGACACCUACCUCAGCAUGAGCCUGGAGACGAACCCUGGGAUCGAGGUUCGCGUUCCGCUGCCGCGCCGCUCGCUGGUCGUCGUCUACGGCCCGGCACGAUACCAAUGGAAACACGCCAUUCACAGACAAGACAUUCAAUCACGCCGACUUGCAAUGACCUUCCGGGAACCGACUGUCGAAUUCCUGCCAGGGGGACCCCACUCCGAUAUUGGGGAUCAACUUAUACGGACAGCCCUUUCUUUCCAAGGAAUUUCUGUUGGUGAAACUUCAGAUCGGUGACGAAUAAAUUAUGUUAAUACUUUAUUAGGUUGUUAAAUAUUAAAAGAUCAAAAGAA